AAAGUAGUAUGUAAACAACAUGUAACGCUUGGGAUUUAUCGGUGUAGUUUACAUUAGAAAUUUGGUUGAUGAGGAUAUUUUAGUUUUUUGUCAUGAGAAAAUGUGACUAAAAUUUAAACUGAUCCCAAAUGUAAAAGGCUAAAGUGUAGAUUGCUCAGGGACAUCCCCUUCUUAAGACAUAUUUACAUACUGGGCUUGAUAAAAUGUUGGCUGUUGUGUGGGUUCAGUGACUUCCAACACCUCAGUGGAAGAUGCUUCUCUUUAUAUGGCUGCUUUACAUGAUUAUUUAUGCUGAGGGAAAAUGUGCAAAGAAUUAUUAUUACGAUGGACUUCUUGAGGAGUGUCAACAUUGUUCCAUUAGAUGCAACUCCCCACCAAAUAUUUGCAAUACAUUUUGUACCUCAAUACCAGAAAAUGAAGUCGAAAAGAAUCAAAAUAUACGUUUCAUUUUGAUCGUGUUUUUUGUGUUCCUGGGAGCUUUCACUGCACUGACCAUUAUUCUGCGAGUUAUACGCAGAAAAACCUGUAAGCCCAUCAUCAUGAACAAAGCGAUAGGUCAAGAACAAAAGACAUCUGACAGCGAGAGAGGCUCGGAUGUCACAGAGCAAUCUGAAGCUACGACUGAUUUGUCAGAUGGACUGAAUCAGCAUCACUACAACUCCAACCUGCCUCUUCCUUCCACUGAGGAAGGCACCACAUUGCUGGUUACCACAAAGACAGUACAAGCUUACCAGUGUACAUCUGUCAUAUACGGAGGAGAUCACAUGGAACUUGUAUAACAGCAGCAGACUCUGGUGCACUUGUAGCACAUUAUCUCACCAUUACUCUGUGCAGACUGGAUAAAAUUCUCAUUGUAAUUUGAAAUGGACUGCUGGAUACACUAAUAAUGAAAACAGGACUUGAACACAGGAUGGAAUCUGACUGUCAAAAGUGAACAUCUCUGUGUUAUUUAGGUGUAAGAAUCAUUUGUGAAUGUAAACUAUUUUCAACAUGCUUUGUCCAAAAGGUCUGAGUUUCACUUCUACACAUUUGUAUCAAUGCAAAGCCAGUACAGAUUUAUGUUGUAUCUUUGUUAAAUUAAAAAGUGUUACUUCAA